AUGGCGACGACGCGUCUCCUCUCGUCGUCCCUGCCGCUGCUGCUUCUCCUUGCGGCAGGAUCACCCGCAGCGGCGGCGGCAAGCGCGCUUGGCGACUCCUCCGGGACGGACUCGGACAUGGUGCCACGCUUCGGCCGGAUCCUGCAGCAGCUGCCUCAACCCAUGCCGCAGCCGGACCCGAACCCACAGCCGCAGCCCGGCGUGAACCCACCAGUGCCGCAGCCCCUGCCGCAACCAAAUCCAAACCCGCCCCAGCCGUUGCCGCAGCCACAGCCCAUGCCGCAGCCGCAGCCGCAGCCACAACCCAUGCCGCAGCCGAACCCGCAGCCCGGGCUGAGCCCACCGCAGCCACUGCCCCAGCCGCAGCCCGGGCCGCAGCCAGACCCAACAGCCCCACAGCCUCAGCCCCUGCCGCAGCCGGACCCGACCCUGCAGCCCCAGCCCGUGCCGGUGCCGCAGCCGGACCCAGCCAUGCAGCAGCCGCAGCCAGGGACGACGCAGGCGGCUCCGAACGGCCAGCAGAACCCGCAGGCGCAGCCGGACCAGCUGCUCCCGAGCGGCGGGUCGAGGAUGCUGGUGAAGCUGCAAGACUUGAUGUACAUACUUCUUCCGAGUCUUGCUUGUCUGCUAAUGUAA